AUGCAAAUUUGUAAUUGUGGUUUGGAACAGAACUCGCACUUGGUGUGUGGGUUCACUUGUUUAAACCCACGAGAUAUUAGAUCUCUAUUUAGUGCUGUUGUCAAAAACCAAAAGGGCGACAAAUCUCAUUCACAUGAUUCUAAUGACGACUUUAUGGAAUCUUUGGAGAUCAAGGAACGAAGCAAUUUUCAAGAAGGCGAAACUUUGCCCCGUGAAAGUGGUAGACCAAACUAUAGUGCUGGCUUUUACGUGGAUAAAACAUAUGGGAAAAAUGAACUCUCUAUGCUAGGAGAAAUGACAAAGGCAUCGUGGUCGGCGAACAAUCUGCUGCAACUACACUACAGCAAUAGAGAAAGAUUAUUUAUGUAUACAAAUACAAUAAACCCUACAAAGAUAACCUCUCGAGGUGUACCCAAGUUUGGAUUUUCAACAAUUCUUCAUCAAAACAAGGGAUUUCGUGGAGUAUCAGUAAGGAAAAUGGCAUGGAGUUUGGAAAAAUGUAAUGAGGGUAUUGAAAGUAGUACGUCUGGGAUCGUACGGCCCGCGACGGAGGCUUACGCUGAUGAAGCAAUCCAAGCUUUAAGAACUGGAAAGGUUAUAGCCGUCCCCACUGAUACACUCUACGGUUUCGCUUGUGACGCUUGCUCUGUAGAUGCAGUCAAUAGAAUAUAUGAAAUCAAAGGACGUAAACACACUAGCCCUUUAGCCAUCUGUGUUGGUGAUGUAAAUGACAUAGGCCGAUUUGCUGUCACAAACCAUCUGCCUCUUGGCCUUCUUCACAAUCUCCUUCCAGGACCUGUAACCCUAGUUCUAACAAGAGGGGAAUCAAGUGUUCUUGAGAAAUCUUUAAACCCUGGAUUGGAUACUGUAGGAGUUAGAGUACCUGAUUUUGAAUUUAUCAGGAUGAUUGCUCGUGGGUGUGGAAGUGCAUUGGCGUUAACAAGUGCAAAUCUUAGUGGACAACCGAGUAGUUUAGAUAUUAAAGAGUUUAAGAAUCUUUGGGAACAUUGUAGUUUUGUUUAUAAUGGUGGUGUACUUUCAGCAGGGCGUGAAGGGUCAACGAUUGUUGACCUUACUAUGAUCGGGAAAUACAAGAUCUUGAGAUCCGGGAGGUAAAUCUUUCAAAUCCAAUUAUAUAUUUAUAUUGGGUGC